UUGGUUGAGACUCAGCGCCGCUCCGACGCGCGCCGCUCCAGCCUACUCACUGGAAGCGUAAGCGCACCGACCACGCUGCUCUCUCAGCCCGGAUAGUUGGUUCUCCCUGCUGCUCAUAGACUUAAAGGACAUUAGACUCAUAUUCAUCAGGGUAGACUAUAGAAACUAUAGUUCACAGUUGAGUUGAGGGAUGGCGAAGAGCAAGGGAGAAAUCAACGGCCACGCGAUGCCCCACUCGGAGUCCACCGACCAGAUCCUGGACCGGCAUCGGACCAGCGAGCAGAAGAGCUUCGGACAGAAGUUGAGGGGUUUCCUCCGGAGGAACCUCAUGGUGAUCCUCACCGUGUCCGGCGUGCUGGUGGGCGUCGGGCUGGGCAUGAUGGUGAGGAAGAUGAACCUGACUCGGGCGCAGAUGACUUACUUCGCCUUCCCUGGGGAGAUGCUGCUGAGGAUGCUGAAGAUGAUCAUCCUGCCGCUGGUCGUGUGCAGCCUCGUCUCAGGCGCCGCCAGCCUGGACACGCGCUCCCUGGGCAAGCUCGGCGGCAUCGCCGUGGGCUACUUUCUGGGGACCACCCUCAUCGCCUCCUGCAUCGGCGUGAGCCUCGCCUUUAUCAUCAAGCCCGGCGUGGGCGCGGGGGCUUUGAACACCAACAGCCUCGCGCUGGAGAGCAUCAGCAACGACAAGGAGACAGCCGACUCUUUUUUAGACCUCGCGAGGAAUUUAUUUCCAGCGAACUUAGUGGCAGCUGCUUUCCGUUCUUACGCCACCGACUACAAGAUGGUGGCCACUGGAAAUGACACCAAUGGAACGGCCCUCUACCAGAAGGUCCCCAUCGGUACAGACACGGACGGUAUGAACAUCCUGGGUCUGGUGUUGUUCGCCAUGGUGUUCGGCGUCGCGCUCAGGAAGCUUGGGCCGGAGGGGGAGGAGCUCAUCCGCUUCUUCAACGCCUUCAACGAGGCCACCAUGGUGCUGGUGUCCUGGAUCAUGUGGUAUGUGCCGUUGGGCAUUAUGUUCCUGGUGGGCAGCAAGAUCGUGGAGAUGGAGGACGUGGUCCUGCUGGUCACCAGCCUGGGGAAGUACAUCUUCGCAUCCAUCCUGGGACACAUCAUCCACGGCGGCGUCGUCCUGCCCCUCAUCUACUUUGCCUUCACCCGCAAGAACCCCUUCACCUUCCUGUCGGGCCUCAUCACCCCCUUCACCACCGCCUUCGCCACCUGCUCCAGCUCUGCGACCCUGCCCUCCAUGAUCAAGUGUGUGGAGGAAAACAACGGCGUGGACAAACGCAUCAGCCGUUUCAUCCUGCCCAUCGGCGCCACUGUCAACAUGGACGGUGCCGCCAUCUUCCAGUGUGUGGCGGCCGUCUUCAUCGCCCAGCUCAACAACCACGAGCUGAAUGCCGGACAGAUCUUCACCAUCCUAGUGACAGCCACAGCAUCCAGUGUUGGUGCAGCCGGCAUCCCAGCCGGUGGCAUCAUCACCAUAGCGAUCAUCCUGGAAGCCAUUGGCCUUCCAACCAAUGACCUGUCCCUCAUGCUGGCCGUUGACUGGAUUGUGGACCGCACCACCACGGUGGUGAACGUGGAGGGGGACGCGCUGGGGGCGGGGAUCCUUCACCACAUCAACCAGCAGGAGAUGAAGAAGAAGCAGCAGGAGGCGGAGCUGGGGGAGGACGAGGAGGAGGAGGCCGAGGAGCUGCUGGAGGUCAGGGUGGAGGCGGUGGCCAACCGGGCAGACGGGGAGAGCUCUCCGCUGGUCAGGCACCAGGCAGUCCGGACCCCCGAGGGCACGCCGGAGGCCAUCGAGUCCAUGCUGUGAACCCUGGGAGGGGCCUGCCGCGGCUCCCCCGUCCGCUCUGGGGCCGAUCUCCUCUGAUUGGCUGUUCGUCUGGAGGUUUGGAUUUGUGCCACUUGUGACAUUUUUCGUCUCUGUUGUUGCUGCUGCUGCUCUGAGUUGACCUAAAGUGCGGUCACACAGGUGCGCAUAUAACACACCCACACAAAAACACACAGGCGCGCGUGGACACAAGCACACACACAGACGCAUACACACACGCACACACAUACAAACACAGGCACUCACACACGCACACUCUUUGCUCUCCUUCCGUCUCUAUUUGUCCCUCUCUCUCUCUUUGCUCCUCUCACACUUUCCCAUUAAAGAAGUUGGUCCCUGUUUCCUUUA